UAUGCAUUGCACAUAUUUGUGAUGUUCAAAUGAAUUACAUAUACACAGCAAGUUUUUGUAUUUUGAUUGAUUACGAACAAGUUUUAAGUCCUCGUCCUAAUUAUGUCUAUAAAAAAAUUUUACAUCCUAAUCAUACAUCUGAAAAUACAUAGUGAAAGUGAGGACAAGACCUUCAAACCAGAUAAGAUAUUGAAAUGCGCGCGCGACUUUGACCCAUAAAUUGUGAUACAAUAGACGAUACACACACGCGUACAUAUUCGUGAAAAACGAGAAAAGAAAACAAUAAUAGUUGAAAUGUCAGUCCAGACACUUACGAUAUUUAAUCUUAAACGUAAUGGACAUAUCUUAAACGUAAUGAAUACAUAUUAUAAUUAUCAUAAAAUAUGCUUUCUAAAACUAUUUCUUCAAAUAUUAGUUAAAACUGUUAAAAUCUUAUAACAAUUAGAACCUUUCUCUGAAGAUAAUGAUAAAUGAGAAGUAAUUUAAAUUUUAGUUAAUUUUAACUAAUUUCUAUAAAUGGUCUACAGCAAUAUUUAGAUACUUUUAUGUAUAAAUAAUGAAAAUAAUUUUAAAUAAUGGUGAGAGAGAUUUAUUUUUCUUUUCAGAUCACUCGCGAAUUUUUUGAUAGAUUCUUUAAAAAUCAAAAAGACAUCUGUUUUUCACCUGUAUUUGUAUCAAAACUGGAAUUACUUAAACUGGAAAACUGGAAACGUUAUUUUUGCACGUUACAAAUUUAUUUAGCAAAAUGCAGCUGUAUCAACAACUCGUACACAUAUAAAAACAGAAAUGAGGAAAAGACGGUAAAAAUCUUUAGUAAUAAAAUAGAAAUAAAAGAAAGAGCAAUAUCCUUACCAGCAGUUGUUCAUACAUAAUACAUAAUACAUAAAUAUCACAAUAAAUAACUCGAAAUUCUCCCUACUCUAAAUUCAAAUAUCAAUAAAUUCAUCCAAAACAAACGUUUCGGUUUACUUUGAGUUCUUUUCAACGGCGUACAAAAAUUUAAAACUAGAAAGGUCAGGUGCCAAACAUUCUGCACUGAAGAGAAGAUUAUACAUUACUCUACGGUGGAAAAGGGAAAAGCGUGAAAGUUCAGACAUUAAAUAGUUUCUAGAUAGAAAUGUGUAUACGUGGCCUAAUAUCUCAACGCUGUUUCAUAAAUUUAAACUAUGAAACUGACGUUUCACGUGAAGCGUCUUCGAAAUUAUUCAUUUAGGAAACUAAUUUAAAAGUUAUUUAUCGAGCAGAGAAAUUGAUUAAUGGAAUGUUCCAAUAAAAAUCAUGAUUUCUCCCCAAUUCAAUGGUCCAGAAUCACGAGAAAUAUUGCUAGCUCCUUAAAAUUCAACAUGACGUCAAUGUUCAGAAAUUCUAGUUGCUACAACCAAGGUUGUCACCUUAGUUUGUCCGCCCGCCCGGAGAUUGGCGAGGUGGAAUUUAAAAGAAAAGGUCUUUCCAUUAUCAUUACACUUUGCACCAAUAAAAUGUAUCCGCUAUUCAACUUCUAACAAAAUCAAAAUUUCUAUGGUUGCUUCUUUACUUUAUAAAUAUACUUAGUGCUACUUCUGGCGUUUUUCAAUAAUGUGUUUUGCUCUGAGUUCAUAAUUUAUCGGUCACAUGUUUUGCUGCAUUGGCACGGAAAUAUUGUUUUUUGGCCAGAGGUUCAAAGAUUUUCUCUUUCGCUCGGAGACUUCGAGCGGAAAUCAGAGAAAUGGCUCCAACUCUAGUCCCAAACAAUGCAUUCAUUGAUACAGAGCGAAUUUCCCGAUAUAAUUCUGCGAACCCUGGUGAAAGUUUCGCUAAUGACGGGACUGACUUUCGCGAUAUAACGCGUCGGCGCAGUUCCUUUCAUCGAUCGCAGCACGUCGUGUAUGUUCGGGUCACGUGACCCCCCGCCGACAAACAGACGCAUCUGUCGUCAAAGAAGCCGACAGGCGAGCGAUUACGUAGCCUCACACGCUCGUGAGUCGUAUCCGGUGUGUGCGGUACGCGCCGUUCUAACGGCGACGUUCGCCUUGCCGUUCGUCUCACCUCGCUCCGGCUGGGUCACUCGCGGCGGCUCACACAUUCUCGCGAGGCAACGUUUCACAUUUUAGCUCACCCGCGCAGGUAAACGCGCGACGCCGGACAAGUUGAGUGUGCCCGCCGCCGCUGCCUCGUGGACGAAAAUGCCGCGCAAGAGAACGUUCACGCUUCACGAGGCACUGGCUGGACGCAGAAACGACUGCACCAAGAACCCGAGGUGAUCUACGUGCUCUUACGUGCUCCCGUGACAAGAAAUCCGUUUUUGUACUCUGUUAUAUUUCAGAUACAGAAACCACUGCACAAAAAUGGACGAAUUUCAAGGAUAUGAGGAAUCCGAGAUGUAUAAAAAAGGACCACCUUGCACAUUGCGAAAAUUAGGAGACAUGAUUCCAGCGCGGGUAGUACUGUAUUUACUCUCGUUCUCCGGAUUCCUCGUAUCUUUCAUGAUGAGGACGGACAUUAAUAUCGCCAUGGUGGCCAUGGCGAAGCUGCCGUCAACGUCAGACAACGAUGUUGCGGUAACGUCACACUGUUACACAAUAGUGAAUGCGUCGCAUACGGAGAACACCACCGUGAUUAGACCGGAGGAAGCCGGCGAGUUCACGUGGAGCCCAGCCAUUCAAUCUGCCAUUCUCAGCUCCUUUUAUUGGUGUUACAUACUCUCACAAAUGAUCGGCGGUGUUCUUACUCAAUAUUUUGGUACUAAAACCAUAUUCGGCGGAUCCCAGGUCGUCACUGCCGUCUGCAGCCUGCUUAUGCCAUCCGCUGCUGAGAUUCAUUACGGGGCCAUGAUAGCGUUGCGCAGCAUACAGGGUAUUGCAAGUGGACUCACGUGGCCCGCUAUGUACGCCGUGAUCGGACAUUGGAUUCCUCCCGUGGAACGCUCGCGCUUCAUGUCUUCCUUCCAAGGGUUCAGCAUCGGAAUCGGCUUGACCUACCCGUUGUGUGCAUUUAUCAUCGCCCACUUCGGAUGGAGGACAGUGUUCUACACGACUGGCAGCAUUGGUCUCAUCUGGUGCAUCUUCUGGUACUUCUGCGCUUUCGACACUCCCGCCUCGCAUCCCAGAAUAUCUCAACCGGAGCUACGUUACAUUCAGGAAGGUGUUAGAAACCAAGUUCUUGGAUCGAACCAGGAUCUGCCUGUUCCUUGGAAAUCUAUACUCACAUCCUGGCCAGCGUGGUCCAUCGGCGUCACAACCUUCGGUAGAAUAUGGGUGCAUUACGUUUUUAUCAUUCCCGGCCCGAUGUACAUGAAGACGGUGUUAGGGUUCAGCAUACAGGCAAACGGUAUCCUGUCGGGCGCGCCAUUUAUCUGUAGCUACUUGAGUUCCGUUGUAUUCUGCUACGUCGCAGAUGUCCUCGUUACACGGCAAAUAAUGACAUUGCUGACCGUGCGCAAGAUAUUUACCGCGCUAUCCCAAGUAGUUCCUGGAAUUCUCGUAAUUCUGAUAGGAUAUCUAGGCUGCGACAUUAUCCUCGUUUUAGUUGUGUGGUUUAUAGCUGUUACUCUCAUAACAGCUGGUUACGCCGGCGCGAUGGCCAAUAUUGUUGACAUCGCGCCUAAUUUCGCCGGACCGGUAUUGGCGUUCGCACAGACAAUUCACAUGACCGCGAGUUUCCUGUCCCCGAUAGCAGCUGGUCUGCUCACACAGGAAAGCCAAUCCCUCGACGCGUGGAGGAACGUGUUUGCGGUCACAGCGGGCGUGUCUUGCAUUACGUACAUCGCUUAUCAGGUAUUCGGCUCAGCGGACAUACAAGCGUGGAAUUAUCCCGAUCAAAAAUAUCCUCAAUCUGUUCAAGAGGAUUCUCGGCCUUUAAAUGAAUCUCCGCGCAAAAAGAGUAGGAUUGUUCCAAGUCAAGCGGAACAGACGUAAUAAAUAAUUUUCUCCCGAUACAUUUUACACCGGUUACAACUUACACUACUAAGAUUGGUUUCCUGUUUUUCUACUGUCGUCAUUCCUUGUGUUGAAUCUUCAGCUCUUUUAACGCAAGAAAAGCGAUUCGCAUGAACGUAGCUCAAUAUACGUGUAUGAAGAAUACCUAUUUUCAAUACUGUUCAAUUUCUGUAAAUAGGUCCGAUUGUUAAUGCAGGAGAAAUGCUAUAGGCGUCAGGGUAUUAUGUAUCAUAGCGAUGAGAUAAUAUUUUUAUGAAGUAACUCUCAGGUAUGUCCAAAUGUUCCAAUUCGGUUCUCAACGCGGAUUAUAUGAAGGAAAUGCACAAACGUUCGAAGAAAUAAUUGAUGAUAAGUAAAUCAUAAUUGUUCGUUCAUAUGUAUUAUCUAAAAUAUAUGGAAAAAUUAUUAUAUAGUAAUUUAUUCGUGAAAUGAUAGAAGAUAUAUGGAUCUCAUAAUAGUACCAAAUCAUUACUUAUUUUAUCUACGCGAAUGUCCGGAAAAAUUCGUAUGUACAUUAUUAAUUAUUCAUAUAUUGGUUCAUUUAUAUUUGUAAAGUAUAUUUCUUUUUGUAUUUGUUAUCUAUAAACUGUGCUUCUAGUAUAUUAAUUAAUAUCAAGUAAAAGUGUUAAAGAUAGUAAAGAUUUUCUGGUCUUUUCAACGAUACCUUGAUUUCAGGUCUGGAAUUAGUGAAAAUAUGACGCUUAUGAUAAGCUCUCGUAUACAUACUUAAAAAAUAUAUAGAAAUAUUAGAGUACUUAUAUAAUAACUUUGAAGAGAGAUACUUAAAGUGUAAAUUUUAUAAUUAGAAAACUAUUUUUUUUUCAAUUUGUGUUCGGAAAGAAACCGAAAAUAUCGCGAAAAAAUUUGAAAAGAACCGGAUUUUUUUCAAGUUUUUAAAACUAUAGUAAAUUUGUUGAGAAUAAUUUUUGUAAUAGGAUAUACAGGUGUAAUCGUCAUAAAUUAGCUAGAACUAAGGGAAAUCAGAAUUGAGAGUACUGUUAUUAAUAUUUACAUUUUACAAUAAGUGCCUUAUGGUGCGUAUAGGUUUUCAGAUUGGUAAGCUCUGAUGGAGCUCUCUCUUAUACAUGUCUAGUAAUUUAUUAAUUUUUACAAAUUAUCAUAGUUGCAUAGGAAACACUUGACAAAUGUUCACGACUAUAAAUUAAUACUAUAAACCUGCCAUUACAUCGCGACGAAAGCGAAGGGAUAUCCUUCUUAAGGUCGUGAAACCCGUGUUAGACAAAUCUAUAUCGCAAUUAUUCCGUUAGCAACAUAUGCACAUAUUUCUAACACGUAAUGCAAGUAUUAUAAAUUUCACGUAGUUUUCAUAUCGAAUUAGUCUACUAACCUUUCUUUCUAAUCUCGACAAUUUAAUCUUAUUACUUGCGGACAAUGUACUUUAUACUUUAAUAACUUAGGUAUAUCGAUAGGUUUAGGUACGUCAGAGAUGUGCGUCAAUGAUUGUCUUUUCAAUUAAUGUCGCGUGCGUUUUAAUUAUAAUCUUUCUCUUCGCAUAUAUGAGACACUUGGUAUAAAAAUUAGUUAUCAACUUUAGAUAUGGAAGAAAAUGCUAUUAUAUGUAUUUUUUUAAUGUUAUAGUUUUAACGUAAAGAAAAUCUCGAAAAGAGUUAUUUUCUUUCUACGGAAAUCUUUUCCGAGAAAACAAAAUUUGUCAAACAAGGGUUUCGAAAUUACGAAAAAAUUGUGUAGCAUACUAAAUAAAUAGAUUUAUAAUAGAUACGAAAAUGAAAUCUCGUUGCAUUCUUCAAUGCGCUCAGUUGAUUACUGUUAAUCUCAUCAUGUAUAAUCACGUGAAUAUAAUCUUUGGAAGUUGUAUUUACUGAGACAAUUUCGUGACGAGUAAUACGAAAAUGCUAACAAUGGAUAUAUCGGUUGAUCUUAACACUUCCAUAACUAUCGCCAUUAUACUUAAACUCAAUUAUAAGCCGAGGACCAGAGGAGCGUCGAGAUAUAAUAGUAGAGACUGUAUUAUGUUACACUGAAUAUUACUAAAAAGAGUUACUUAGAGAUACGACAGAUGAUUUAUUAUAUAAUGCAGAUAUACGAUAUAAUUCAAAAUAUACGAACAUAUAUAUAGUUUUA